AUGGCACCUGAUCCGGCCGUGCUACCGGGUGACGUCCUCGCGGAGAUCCUCCGCCGCCUCGCGCCGCACAGCCUAGCCACGUCCCGGCUGGUCUGCAGUGCGUGGCGCGACACCAUCGACGCCCGCCUGCGCGCCCACCUGCUUCCGUGCUCCAUGCGCGGAAUCUUCAUCAACUUCACCCGACUUAGAUUCUCGGAGUUCUUCUCACGUCCUACGACAGGCCCGGCGAUCUGCGGAGGGCUCGACUUCUUGCCCUGCAUGGGCGUCAGUGUCAUGGACCACUGCAACGGGCUCUUGCUUUGCUGCGGUCUGAGGCACGACAAUGCACUGCCGCGCGAUUAUGUCGUCAACCCGGCCACACGUCGGUGGGCGCGUCUGCCCCAACACCCUCGGCCGCACAUGCCGGGUUCCGACGAGAGCGCGUACCUCGCGUUCGAGCCAGGCGUGUCACCGCACUAUGAGGUCGUUCUGAUCCCGCUCGUGUUGUCCGCCGGCGUGUCGAACGAUGACGCAUUGCUUGGAUCGGAGUGGCCUCCCGCGUCAUACGUCAUUGAUGUGUUCUCGUCGGUUACUCGGUGGUGGGACAAGAUGACCUUUGUUCGGGAAGGGGAGACAAAGAUGACCUUUGUUCAUCUCGAGCCAGGCAGCGCCCCCGCCCCCGGCCAUGGGGACAACGGUGCGGUGAUCUAGCGCCCGACCCUCCCGUCGCCCAAGGUCUAUCCCUAAUGUAUCACAACCUUUUGUAUCCUGUUCGUCAUUCCUUGCCCUGCUGCUCUGUUCCCCCCCUCGUGGUUGCCUGCUGCUCAGCCCGCGACGGUCUGAACUGCUAUGUUUGCUCGUGUGUGUAUCUGCUAUCUGUCCGGUUCUGGCCUGAAUACGUGGAUGUCUGUACUUUGCUUCUGUAUGGUGGAAAAUGCAUAUGUGAGACUGUUGCCGUCCCUUCUAUUGUUUUGA